AUGGAGAUAGGGGAAGCGAAGAGAGGGCAGGAGGAGGCAAAGAGGAGUUUCUGUGGCAAAUAUCGAAAGAUUCUCUUCUUCCUUCGUCUACUUGCGGCGCUGGCCGCCCUCGUGGCCUCCGUUCUGAUGGGUGUCAACGAACAAACCAGCCUCGUCGCUGGUUUCGCCAUUAAAGCUUCUUAUGAUUCUUCCCCGACCUUCAAAUUUUUUGUUAUUGGAAAUGCAAUUGUAUGCGCUUACUUAUUCGUGUCUCUCCUCCCCUUGGUUUAUAAUUCAUUGGAGGGGUGUGCGAUCGACAUCUUGGAUUUGGUCCACUUGACAUUACUAAUGGCGUCGGCGUCGUCGGCGACAGCUAUUGGGUACGUGAGCAAGUAUGGAAACGAGAAAAUCGGGUGGAUGAAGGUGUGUCCCUUCGUGGAGGACUUUUGCCGGUUGUCCUUGCUCUCGGUGGCUUGCUCUUAUGCCGCUUUGCUCCUCUUCUUCUCAAUCUGUGCUCUCUCCAGGACGAAUAUUCCUAGUCGAUAG